AUGGCAGCAUCUAGAAAUGAUGAGGAGCUUGAGUUGAGCUCUUUCAACGAAGACCUAUCUCUUAAUGGAGGCCAACAGGAGCUGACAAAGAAAAAGUCCCAUGUCCUGCUGGCUUCAUCGCUCCUCCAACUUCCAAUCUGGGGUUUUGCCAUGAGCUAUGGUGUUUUCCAAGAAUAUUACACAAGCGAGCGGUUCUUGCGAGGUGCCCAAUCCGCGACCGGUGUGAUUGGAACAACGUCCAACGGCGUGGUUUAUUUGACUAUGCCCUUCUUCUUUGCCCUCUUCAGCCAACAAUGGGCUCGCUUUCGGAGAACAGUGGCUCUUUGCGGAGUAGUCGUCAGCUGUGUCAGCUUUGUCCUAGCGGCAUUCAGCACGCAUGUCUGGCAGGUCAUUCUCACACAGGGCGUGCUGGCCGCUCUGGGCAGUUCUUUGAUCUACAGCCCGACCACACUAUCACUAGGGGAAAGCUAUACCAAUAGCAAUCGUUCAGUUGCAUACGGCGUUGUCUUCUCAUGCAAAAACAUCGUGGGCGCUGCUUGCCCAUUCUUCCUCCAAUUUUUGCUGAACCACCAUGGCUUCCGCACCACAAUGCUGAUAUGGGCCGCCAUAAUCACAGUAAGCAGCACCGCUUCGAUUUUCCUGAUCCCCAACCAUGUUUCCGCCGCUUCAAGGGAGAACAUUCGAUCUCGUCAAACGCCAUGGAAGUUUCUCAACCAUGAGACUUUUUACAUCUACAGCAUCGCCACGUUGGUACAGAGCUCUGGCUACGGUAUUCCACAAACCUAUCUCAAUUCCUAUGGUCAGGAAGCUGGUUUGCUAUCCCAAACUUCCGCUACACUACUCUUGACACUUUUCAACGCUCCUGGAAUCAUCUCCAGCACUUUCUUCGGGUACUUGAGUGACAAUAAACGGUUGCCGUUCUCGGCACCUGCUGUCACAUGGAUAUCGGGCUUCUGUUCAGCGCUUUCAGCAUUCUUGCUGUGGGGUGUUGGAUCUCGUCUAAGCAUGGUCACGCUGACGCUCUUUUCCAUCACAUUUGGGUUCUUCUCCAGUGGAUACAGCGCCACAUGGGGUGGGAUUAUCAAGCAACUGGAGCGCGAGGCGGCGGACAGAAAUGAGGCAAUCGACACUGGCGUUGUACUUGGACUCUUCAAUGGUGCGAGGGGCAUCGGCUACGUGGGAGGUGGUAUUGCUGGCGUGCAGCUACUGAAGGCUGGGACUGCAAGCGUGUUGGGCAACUCAGGGUAUUCAACCGCUUACCGUGGGCUCAUCAUUUUCACGGGAAUAACGUCUGUUUUCGGUGGUUGGAGUCUGAUGUGGCGGGGCAAGAAGUAUCUGCGGUUGCUUACUGUUCGAUUAUCAUGA